AUGGUCGAAGAAACUCCCACGACGUCGAUCAUUCGGCUUUCCGCGUGCUGCACAAAGUUUCGCCUCACUCAAAAGAGGACCAUUUUUCCUCCGCUGAUUGAACCCAUGCCUGGAGGAUUUGAUGAGCGACUUGAGAUUCUCCGAGUUGUUCCAUGGCGUCGGUUUUUGGUCGACAGUGUCGCUUGGGGUCACUUUCAGCAUUUUCACAUCACACGAAGAGAAUGCUUGAAAUUUCAUCUUGAUGAGGAGCCAAACGAAUACGUUAUUUCUGGAAACGGAGUCGGAAGUGGAGGGCUCAUUAAUUAUUGUCGCGGACAGCCGGCGUUCAAAAGUGCGUCAAACGAUGUCGGUGAUUAUUAUGACAACUGCACCGACGACUCAACGUCGUCGCUGAGCCCGACUACGGAGAAUAGUCGUGACGACACCAGGACACCCGAGGCGACGACUGUCGGCAGCAAUAAGCAACAAGCUGACGAAGCAGCCGAGAACCUGUCACAGGUGUCGAGUCUGCAGCAGCACCAGCAUGUCCUGCUGACGACUACCAUUCAGUCCAAUCUGCGACAGUUGCAGGAGCAGCCCGCGUUCAGCAUCAUUGCCAGGCCUCCUUACGUGACGAUUGUCGACGGCUCUUCCCCUUUGGACGCAGGGAAGAAAACUCGGCGAAUGCGGACGACUUUUACACCUGCUCAAUUGAGCGCAUUGGAGAAGAUUUUCGAACGAACUCAUUAUCCAGACGCCUUUGUUAGGGAGGACUUGGCCAGACGGGUGUGUUUGUCCGAGGCCAGAGUGCAAGUAAGUCGGGGGUUGGGGAUGGAACCCAAACGCCCCGAGAAUGAGCACGAGACCUCGCGGACGUCCUGUUAUGGCAUGAGUUCAUCGAGGAAGUUAAUUGAAAAGCUAAUUGGCUUAACGGGUCGCGGUGCUUGGGUGCCAACCGGGCUGCGCGUCACGCCCGGCGGCCCGACGCGUCGCCGUCCAGCAUGUCAAAAACACCCCGCAAUGCCGACUCGGCUGCCGACGUCGGCGCCGUCGACGGCGUCCCCUGCUAAAAUUAUGGAAGCGAAAAAAAAAUGUACUGAGAAUAGAGCGGAUGCAGAAGUUAACGAUGCCCGUCGGCGCCAAAGCGUCAUUUGUUACGCAGACGCAUCUCAGGCCUGUCGAGGGUUUACCCAAGACGUCACCGGCGAGGAAAAACGCUGUCGCGUGUCGACGAUCGCUCAUAUCCGACAGCCCCCAGGCAUGACAACGGAGAAGCGAGUUGAAAUGGAGAUUCCUUUAGUAUGGUUUCAGAACAGGAGAGCCAAGUUCCGCCGGAACGAGCGCAGCAUGUUUGCGCAAAGGGAGCGCAGUCAGGUGAAGUUGUUCGGGUCCGGGAACACGGAAUCCAGCUCAGCUUCCACCGCCUCGACUUCAUCCCCGCCGCCCAACAUUGAGCAGCCGAUUUUACCCAGAACCACGACGGCUUCGUCACUCAUCACUCAUCAGUACAACAUGGGAUCCGAGUACACGGAUUACGGGAGUUACUGGAGGGCUAAUCAAGCCCUUGGACAGCAUUCUGCAGCAGGUACGUCGGCAUACCAACAAUUCUUGGUGGCGUCCAACGCUGCAGCAGCUGCUUUUGGGGUUGUCAACGAUUCUGUCGGUGUGACUGGUCAGCCCAUGAUGUCCACGAAUGCUGUCCCAGACGACCUGCUGUUCGGGGCGGCGUCGACGACGGGCUACGCAGCUGCAGCCGCCACCGGUCAGCAUCACCACCAGCCCACGUCUGCGGCGGCGGCGGCAGCUGCCCAGCAGUUCAUGUUCGGUGGCAGCUACGCAUUCGCCAGUCCGGGGUCGCCGCAGUCGUCGCUCCACCACCACCAUCACCACCACCAGACGACCUUCCCACGUCUCCGACACGACUUCUCGUCAGCACCGACGCACCCUUACCAUCCGGCCGCCUCUUCUUUGGGCUGA